UUAUUUGCUAAAGUUCUUCUACAAACCAACAUUGCUAAUGCAUUAUCAAUAAUAAGAGCCAAUGUUUUAUCUAUAAGAUUAAAUUUUACAAGAACAUUAUUAAUAGCAGUUGCAAUAUUUACUCCUUUCUAUAAAGAGAAUAGUUUGGUUGAUAAAACUGUAUCUGUUUCUGAUACUACUUCUAAAAUUGAAGAUGAUGUAAUAUUUAUUUCUAAUAUUAAAGAUGAUAAAACCAUAUUGUCUUCUGAUGAGAAAGGUGAUAAACUAGUAACUAUUUCUAAUAUUGGAGAUAGUGAACAAGAUGCAAGUAUUAAACUAUUAGAAAUCU